AUGGCCGAACACAUCGACAAAAAUCGACUUGAUACUGAUCUUCGUUAUCGUUUCGAGUAUUUAUCGAAAUUUUUAAAUUUUACUUCGAAUGAUAUCACGAUGCUUAAUACAUUUGCCCCAAUACUUUUUCCACGUAUUCCGGUUAUUGCCGAUACUGUUUAUAGAAAAUUAUUUUCAUUCGACAUAACUAAAAAUUAUUUUCUAAUGAAUAAUGAAGGCUUCGAAGGUUUUUUACCUAAGAAACAAAGUACUAUAACAUUGGAAUCAGCGCAAAUGUCAUUUCGUAAAGAUAUGUUAAGUAUGUAUUUAAAACGUGUUUUGACGCAGCGCGAUUGGAAUGACACAUUUCUUCAAUAUUUAUCUCAAGUGGGAAAAAUGCAUACACAUAAAGCUGGCGCCGCAUCAAUUAAUGUUGACUACACACAUAUAAACGCAUUACUUGGCUAUUUAGAACAUUUAUUAAUUGAUAUUUUAUGGAAUGCAGAUAAUUUCGAUGAUAAAACACGACAAGCAAUUGUCAUGGCAGUAAAUAAAUUUUUUUGGAUACAAAACGAUUUCUUUACAAUGCAUUAUUUAUCAACAUGGAAAGAGAAUCCAACGUCAACUGAAACAACAGUAAAAGAAAAUAAAUAUUGUUGCAUAUAA